AUACAUUUGUCUGCCACUCCUUCCCCUCCAGCACCAUCAUCUGGCACCUAUAUGCACUGUAACUGCUUUCUCCUCCUAUGGUCUUUGGUCUUUUCUCACUUGACCUUAUAUCACAGGUAACUCCUCCCAAAUGCUACUUAACAGGUCUGAUACUCCCAGUCAAACACUGUCCUGGUUGAUUCAACAGUACGCGUUCAUUUGAGUGGAUGGAGUAAAUGGAGAAUCAAGGACACGGGGAAUCAUAAGAGAAAGUAAGACAACCCAAAAAGAAGACACCACGGUAAAGCAGUCAUUGCGAUCUUUUACCAAUUGUUCUAUAGAGUGGAUACUGGAACCCAAAAUAUACCUAAAAUUUUACUGCUGACCUAAUGACCAUGGAAAUGAAGCUAGACCUGCACACCUUUGGUGACCAACUAAAGAACAACACAAAAGAGAAAAAUGGGGAUGACUGGAAAAAAGGUGGACGGCUCCUGUCUGGACUUAUGGGCUCCAACGUCUUACUCUUUGGUGGGGCUUUGGCAACUUGUGUGUACACAGAAGACGUUGACAUCUUUGAAUUUGACUUUCUUGUCUUUCUGUCCAUCAUGAUGGUAAUCUCCAUUUCGUGGAUGAUUUUUCAAAUGUACUUCACUUGGAAGCACAAAAACGCUGUUCUCUUUAAGGACUGCGAAGCAGGACCCAUAUGGAUGAGAGGAGGAGUCAUUCUGUUUGGGCUUGGCACACUUAUUAUGACAUCUGUUAAAAUUGUACAUGCGGUGGACCACAAGGACUGCAUCUCACCCAUUAAAUUUAUCUAUCCGAUCAUUUUGGCCAUCUUUGUCAUUGUACAGACAUGUUUUCUUUGGAUAACCUGCAAACACUGUGUCCAGAUAUAUAGAAAUACAACCAGGUGCUUUCUGAUGGUCUUGUUGACAGUUAAUCUGAUCUCAUGGAUCAUUGCAGUAGCUGAAGAGGCCAAACAUCACACUAAUGAACUACUAAAGCAUCUACAGGGAAAUGAGUCUGAAAACACCGCUGACAUCAUCAGUGAAAAAGAAGAAGAAUAUGAGAACUUGAACACAUGUGCCUGCAGAUCUUUGUGCAAAAUCAUCACCACUACGAUUAGCUAUUUGUAUCCCUUCAACAUUGAGUAUAAUCUGUUCGCUGCAGCUAUGCUUUACAUCAUGUGGAAGAACGUAGGACGUCAAAUUGAUGAAAGUGCAUCCCACUACCAUGGAAUAGGACCAGGAAUCUGUAAACAUAUACCCCUCCUGGGACUUGUAUCUGGAUUGGUCAUUUUGAUAAUUGGUCUAGCGAUGUUCAUCCUGUAUGAAAUGAGUAGGGAUACAAAUCAUGCUGAAUGGUUCUCACUGACUACCUUCUACAUUUUUCACGUGGUCAGCCUCAUUCUUAUGUGCCUGGCCAAUAUAGUGGGCCUUAUUAUCUUCCAAAUAGAUAAAAGAAGCAUGGACAAUGAGAAGAACCCAAGUCGUACUCUGGAUAUGGCUCUACUACUUCUGGCAACAUUAGGCCAAUACUCUAUCUCCUAUUAUUCUAUUAUAGCCAUGGUGUCUACACAACCCUUCAGCGUUUUGAGUGGACUAACCCUUAGUUAUUCGUUCUUGAUGAUCUUUCAGCACUCUAUUCAAAACUUUUUUAUCAUUGAAGGGCUCCAUCGUCUUCCACCCAAUGUAUUAUUCAGGCCCUCUAGGCAUACAGAACCACAUGAAACCAUAAAGCAGAUAGAUAUGGAAAAACGACAAUCUCUUACUGGUGCCCCCACAAAUUCAAACCAGAAAAUGACAAGAAGAGAAACCUUGACAGCUCAAAUCAAAACUCACCUCAAGAAAAGAAAAACCAUGAAAGACAUUUACUUGUUUCUUUUCCUCACUAACAUAAUAGUAAGUUCUGGAUUAUGCCAGCCUUUGGAGCUCGGAUCCGAUUUGACAACGGUUUAGAGGUUAAUUUUUAUGGUUUCUCACUCUGGGCCAUAAUUACCAACGUUUGUCUUCCUUUUGGGAUCUUCUACCGUACGCAUGCAGCUGCUUGCUUGUUGGAACUGUACAGCAUGGCCUAGAGGUGCAUUUCGUCUCCUCUCCGCACCAAUGAUGCUUCUGUGGUGUCAUCAUAACCACCUACAGGCAGAUAUUUAACAUAGUAACAUAGUUUAUAAGUACGAAAAAAGACAUCUGUCCAUCCAGUUCUGCCUGUUAUCCUGCAAGUUGAUCCAGAGGAAGGCGAAAAAACCCUGUGAG